AAACUGUUUUUUUGUUGUUUUUUUUUGCAGGAGGCUGAGCUGAAGAAUGUUCUUUUCAGUGCUGGAGAUCGGUUGAAGGUCCAAGGGAGGAUUCAUUCUGAUGCUAAAAGGUUCCAAGUUGAUCUGGGCUCCAGCUCCACAGAACUAGCUCUUCACUUUAACCCUCGUUUUCAUGAUGAUGAUGAAAAGACACCAGUGCUGGUGUGUAAUUCACAGUGUGAUGGUAUCUGGAACCAGGAGCAAAGGGAAACACACAACCCUUUCCAGCCAGGCUCCACUUUUAAGGUUGUAGUGAAGCACGCAGGAAGACUUUUUGAGGUGAUACUACCUGAUGGGCAUAUGAUUGAGUUCCCCAAUCAGCAAGGGCUGGAGGUCAUCACUUAUAUUCGUAUCAAGGGUGACAUUAACCUCACUUCUUUCAAAAUGAAAUGAAGACUGUGCCAAAAUGAAAAUGAAAUGAAAUAA